UUUGUGUGUCGUUUGUUGAAUCGGGUUUCCAGGGUUUCCACGCCACCUGUGAAGGUCAACCGCGGUGGCCCACAGCUCCGCGCCUCCGCGGACUGCGGUUGGCCGUCGCCAUGACAGCGACCGCUGGGGGCCCUGGAUCUUGGAGUGAAAAUGUACUAGAAUAUUUUCUGAGAAAUAACCUGAUCACAACAGAAGAUGGCGCUGAGAUCGUCUGGUAUCAUGCUGCUAACCAUAAGGCACAACUGAAUGAGGCACUGAAAAGUACUGCUCACAUGAUAGAGGCUGAUGUCCUUCUUCCGAGUGAUGGGUCAGAAUAUAGCCAACCAAUCAUGGCCCAUCCUCCUGAAACAAAUAGUGAUAAUACUUUACAGGAAUGGCUGACUGCAGUUAUAAAAAGCAAUAAAGGCAUCAAGCUGGAUUUCAAGAGUCUGGCAGCUGUGGAACCAUCCAUGAUGCUCCUGGAAAAUGUGAAGAGGCAUCUGAAACGUCCUGUGUGGAUUAAUGCUGAUAUUCUUCCUGGUCCAAAUGGAAAUAGCAGGGUAGUGGAUGCAAAACCUUUUAUAGACACGGUGACAUCCUUCUUUCCAGAUGUGACAUUUUCCCUAGGUUGGACAACAGGAUGGCAUCCUGAGAAAGUCAAUGAAGGUUACAGUUGGACAAUGGUGAAAGAAAUGGAGUAUAUAUGUAAGGAGCUAAAUCAGCCUGUAACAUUUCCUGUCAGAGCAGCAUUAGUCAGGCAGUCUUGUUCUCAGUUACUUUGGCUGUUAAAGAAAUCAAACAGGUUCUGAAGUCUAAUAUAUUGGUGUUGAAAACUCAUAGCAUCCAAGGGCUAUUUCCCAAGCCUGGCAGAGUAAUCCUGGUCCUAGAAGAGACUUUGCUAUGAGAUCCAAUUUUUCAAAAAAUCAGCUGUAUAAAGUACAGUAGUUUAUGGCCCUAUAAAAUUGAUGUAACUAUAUUUAGUCAGAUAUGUACUCCUCUAUCGAGGGGGGAGAUUGCUAAAAAUUAUUCAGAACAGGUUGUUUAUUUGCUUGUUUGUUGGAGUUAGGGUCUUAGAUUUUUUUCCUUCUAAUUAUAAAAAAUAAUUACCCAGUGAAUAUAUAAAAAAUGCCCUAUCUCUGUCCUUGAAAUUUAAGAUAUGAGCUUGCCUAGUAGGAGCCUACAUUCUGCUAAUAAUCAUAAAUUCAUGAAUCAAGGCAAAGAAAAUAGUUGAAUGAUAGAAGGAUGAAGACAGUAGUACUAAAGAACUGUUUUUAUCUAGAAAAUGGGAGUAUAAUGAAUGAAUGAAACCAUGAAGUUCUGAUAACCACUUGGAAGAAGCGGGGCAGGAUCGAGGAGUUCUUGGGACUUCAGCAGCAGGAGCUCAGGGUCUUUGUUCUAGUGUCUAGUGUUCCCCAUCGGUGUCAUUCUUUUACUCAUGACUGUGACUGCUCCUCUCUCUUCUUUGUACCUACCAUCCAGGGACUGUAAUUUGUCUAGUCAUUUGUGUCUUCAGGGCUCACUGGGGAGUACUGCGGGAGGGAAGGGGACAGGCACUUAAUGGAUGUCUGAUGUGCCAAGGUUGAUAAUUCAGAUAAUUCAGAAAUGAUUUCUUUAAGAAGGAUCUUACAGUCUAGGUGGGGGAGAGAGACCCAUAAACAGUAAGUUGGAUAUUUGCCAUAAUCCGUGAUGGAGCUAUGCACCAGGUUGCAGUGACAGCAUUUUGUUCAGAUUAAGAGAAAACAUGUAAAUUGUAUCUUGAAUGAUGAGUAAGAUUCACCGGGUAGACCCAGAGGAGGAAGGACCUUUCAGACAGAGACACAGGAGCAAAGGAACUCUAAUUGCGAAAGAGACUGAUCUGACCUGUUCAGAAAGUAUAUGGAGGCACCCUGCUAUGAGGCUGGGCAUUUAUGCAGGGACCAGAUUGAUUUUCUCAGCCAAGCAGUUUGCUUCUUUCCUUGUAGGUCCUAGGAAUCAUUGCACCAUUUUAAGUAGGGGAGACUUAUUAUCAGUAUGAGUUAGAAAUGUGUUUACAAUGCAUGAGAAGGAGAUUUGGAAUUCUAGAAGUGAAAGAUGAAAUGCUGAGAGGUAAGGUGGUAGCAAAAGGGAAUGGAAAUGCUCAAGAGGCAGAGGAAAGGGGUUAUGAAGGAAGAAUUUGUAAGACUUUUUAAACCAGUUGAAUGGAGAGUAUGGGAGAGAGGCAGCAGUCUACUAUAUGUGUUUUUCACUUGGGUAACAAAGGGUCAGGUGCUGUUACUAACCCAAACAGAGUAGACAGAGGCCAAGUGGAGCUCUAUUUCUCAGUGAUUUGUUGAUACUGCUCCUUUAUACCAACUUGGAAAGAAAACUAAAAAUCCCAUCUGCCUGCCCCUUAACUUACUUACCUCUUACUCUAACUUUAGGAAGGAUGCUCUUCUUUAUUUAAUUCGACCAGUUUCUUAAAGACCCCCUACCCCCAAGUAAUUGCUACUUUACUAUGUAUUUUAAUUAUUCCAUAAUUUUAAAUAAGAAAACUAUUUUUGUAGUCCCACCAUCAGUGAAGAAAGAAAACAGCCAAGACUUGAAAGGGGCUCACUUGGCCUCCUACCCUCUAGGGAGGUUCUUGUUUCUGUGUUUCUGCCCAGUAAGGGGACCAGUCUGACUAAAUCUGGUGGCUGAGCACUUCUGGGUUUGCUUGCUAUUACAGAAUGUUCAUGAAUGCUGGUCAUUACCUCUUUCUUCUUUAUCUUUUCCUUGGGAUGAAAGAAUGUAAUAAGAGUUCAGAAAAUUUAACUGAAAUAUUGACUGUGAGAGUCUGUUGCUACUUUGUGAAUUCAAGAGCUAAACAAAAACUCUGGAUUAAAGUAGAAAGGCAUGACCUUUUCACAGAGCCUGUUGAGCUCAGCGCCUAAACCAGGGUUACUUGAGGAGUCUUUUGUAACUUCCCCAGGCAGCCCUGUGGGCUUUCUCCUGAGGCACCUCCUCUGCUAGGGUAUAAUUAUUCUACAGGCUUGUGUUUUGUUCUCAUCUGUGUUGUUUUAGAGGAAGAAACUAUUCAUUUUAAUAUGAUGUCUGGUCAGAAUAGCCCCUUAACAAAUGGGAUGGAUGGAUGAAUGGAUUGAUGGACGGGUGGAUAGAUGGUAGACACAAAACCUCAGUAAUUAUUGUGACCAGCUGU